CCACUUAUUUCCCCCACCCCACCCAUGGAGACCCCAGGACUGGUUGUGCAUGGGGAGGCUGAGCCUUUUUCCACAGCACUCCGAAGCCUCAUCAACAACCCUCAAUACAGUGAUGUUCGCUUUGUGGUUGGGCAAGAACAGCGGGAGGUAUUUGCCCACCGGUGCCUGUUGGCCUGUAGAUGCAACUUCUUCCAGCGACUUCUGGGCAUGGAGCCGGGCUCCGGGGUACCUAGCCCUGUGGUGCUGAGCACCGUGCCAGCCGAGGCCUUCCUGGCAGUGCUGGAGUUCCUGUACACCAACAGUGUCAAGCUGCACUACCACUCUGUGAGCCCAAUGAGCAGGGGUCUGGGUGGGAAAAGCUGGGGGUACAAGAGGUGGGAGGAGUUUAUGCAUCACGUGUGCGCUGAGGGGCAGGGGAAACUCCCUUUUGCUCUCCAACCACCCAAUCUGCAGGUGCUAGAAGUGCUGACGGCGGCUGUGGAGUAUGGGCUGGAGGAACUGCGAGAGCUGUGUCUGGAGUUUGUGGUGAAGGUGCUGGACGUGGAACUGGUUUGUGAGGCUCUGCAGGUGGGCGUAACCUUUGGCCUAGGACCGCUGCAGGAACGUUGCAUGACCUUCAUAGAGGCCCACAGCCAGGAGGUGCUUCGGACCCGUGGCUUCCUGGAGCUGUCAGCGGCCGCUCUGCUGCCCCUGCUGCGCAGCGACAAGCUAUGCGUGGAUGAGGCUGAGCUAAUUCGGGCAGCCCGGAGCUGGGCGCGCGUGGGCGCUGCGGUGUUGGAGCGGCCCGUGGCUGAGGUAGCGGCCCCGGUGGUGCGGGAACUGAGACUGGCUUUGCUGGCCCCGGCGGAGCUGAGCGCCUUGGAAGAGCAGAACCGGCGGGAGCCGCUCAUCCCGGUGCGGAGCGAGGAACCAGGCAUAGAUCCGCUCCGCAGCGUGGAGGAAGGGCGUGGGGGGCACGGCACAGCCCAUGGUCUGCGGGCAGAGGGGGCACUGCCGGGCUCUGCGGUGACGGGCUUCCCCUGCAGGUGGAGCAGAUCGUGGAGGCAUGGAAAUGUCAUGCCCUGCAGAGAGGGCACGCGGCCCGGGGCGCCCUGUGCCGCCGCCGGAAGGGCACCGUGCCCCGCGAGCAUCACCGCUUUCUGGACCUGCCGUUCAAGUGACCCAGCGCCACAAUUUGAGAGGAACCCCGGACCUACUUGACAGAGCCUGUCUAAAACUACACCUCCCGAAACGCUCGGCGCUAGGAGCUGGCUUCCGCUCCCGGCAUGCCUGGAGAGCGAGGCGCCGGAAGGAACGCGCUCAGUCUUGCUCAGAGCUGUGUGUGUGGACGCCGGGGCGUGAGGGGCCGUUCCUAUGUUGAGUUUAUCUUUUCCGGGAAGGCAAGUCACAGAAAGCGAGUCUCUUGCACCACUUCACACUUCGCUCCGUACCCUGUCCCUAGGCACUCUCAUUUGUCCCAUAUACUCUGAUGACACCCAAGUAUCUUUUCAGCUCAGCCCCCUCUUUAAUUCCAGACCUGCCUCCUGCCUGGAUGAGCGCUCCCUGAAUGCCCUACAGGCAUCUCAGACAGUGUAAAAUCGAGCUCCCAUCUUUCUCCAGUUCUGUCCCCGUAGUGUUUCUCAUCGCGGUGACAGCCCAAGACAGAAACUUGGACUUCAUCCUUGCCUUAUCCCACCUUACACCUGUCUUCUGUCCCUUCUACUUUCUAAGAGACCUUUCCAGUUGGUUCAGUUCUAUCCCCUCUGGGUUUAGCCAACCUGUCUGUCGCAGGGACUGCUGAUACAGGCUCUAAUUAGUCUUCCUGGUUUCACUCCAGCCACCCCUCCCCCAGUCCAAUUCUCACACUGAAGUCAGGACUUUCUACAAUUCAGGUCUGACAUUAGUCCUAUUCCCUUUAGUAUUAAGCUCCUCAGUAUCCUCAUUGUCUGCAGUACAAAAUACGAUCCACUUUCAGGGCACUCAAAACUACUAGUGGCUACCAAACACUAGCAGCUCUUCUCUCAACCACUACCUUUGUAUAAUCUCACUCUUCCUGGAGCCCCUAGUCCUCCAGCUUUGGAUUUAUUCUUAGGGGUACUGAAGACUCUUGUGCUACCUCUUGAAUUCACUGGACAUCUUGUCUUCUUGAGGAUCUGACUCUUCGUGGAGAAAGAUCCCUGGAGUGGUGCCCCUGUUCGUUUCUGCUUCACUGGUCCUUGAAUCGUAUUCAGUGCUUUGUAAAUGUUAAAUAAAUUACUUUCUUACGUAAAUGCCAGUUUAUUCCAUAAUGGUCCCUUGGUGGUGCAAACGGUUUGCACUAGACUACUAAUCUAAAGGUUGGAGGUUCGAACCCACCCAGCAGUGCUGUGGAAGAAAGGCCUGGGACCUGCUUCUGCAAAGAUUUCAGCCAAGAAACCCCUACAGAGCAGUUCUUCUCUGUAACACACGGGGUCGCCAUGGGUUGGAAUCGACUGGACAGCAAUGAUUUUAUUUUUUUGGUUUUAUUCCAUAAAGAGUUUAAGGAAUAUGAAAAACAAGAUGCCAUCAACCUAAAAGGAAGGACGAUUGAUUAUUUGGAAGAAAAUAAAGUUAGAUUUUUGUCUCAAGGACUUAAUACAAAAUAUAUUCCAUGUGAAUUAAAGAGGGUUAUUUGGCAUUAUCUCUAAAGACUGAAAAUGUGGUUACUCAGCAGUACCAUUUCAUAGCAGCAUUGUUUAGAUAAGGAAAAUUGAAAAGAACUUAUAUGUCCAUCAAUACAGGACUGAUUAAAUAAAAUAUGGUAUAUUCCUAUAAUAAUAUAAAAAAAAAGAUAUCCAUGAUCUUUGGUAGUAAAAGCAUCGAGCAGGACUUCUUUUGUUAAAAGAAAAGGUAACAUAAUGGUUAAGAGUAUGCCUUUGGGAUGCAGACUGCAGAGUUUGAGUCCCAGAUCCACCACUUUCUGGCACUGUAACUUGAGUGAGGUUACUUAGCCUUUCUAUGUCUAAAUUUUCUCAUUGAUAAAAAUGGAGAGAAAAAUAGAACCAACUAGUAGGUUUCUUAAAAAAAAAAAACUGUUGCCAUGAAGUUGAUUCUGACUCAUAGCAACCCUUUAGGACAGAGUAGAACUGCCCCAUAGAGUUUCCAAGGAGUGGCUGGUGCAUUUGAACUGCCAGCCUUUUGGUUAGCAGAUGAGCUCUUAAUCUUUGCAACACCAGGGCUCCAGUAGCUUUCUUAGGAAGAUGAAAUUAAUUUUUUGAAAGUGCUUAGAACUGUAGUGGUACUGAGUAAAUGCUAUAUAUGUGUUUGGAAAGUAAAUUCAGUAUAUUUUCAUUUGUUUCACAAAUAUUCAUUUGAGUGCCAGGCAUUGAUUUAGGGUCGUGGAACAAAUACAUCAGAGAACAAAUCAGGUAAAGUCCCAGUGUCUGAAGCUUAUAUGCUAAUGGGAAAAACAUGUAGUAAACAAGAAAUACCCCCACGCUUCUGUCAGUUUGUCAUACUGUAGGGGCUUGUAUGUUGCUGUGAUGCUGGAAGCUAUGCUGGUAUUCAAAUACCAGCAGGGUCAUAGAUGGUGGACAGAUUUCAGCUGAGCUUCCAGACUCAGACAGACUAGGAAGAAGGACUUGGUGGUCUACUUCUGAAAAGAAUUAGCCAGUGAAAACCUUAUGAAUAGUAGUGGAACAUUGCCUGAUACAGUGCCAAAAGAUGAGCCCCUCAGGUUGGAAGGCAUUCAAAAGAUGACUGGAAAAGAGCUGCCUGCCUUCUCAGAGUCGAGUCAACCUUAAUGACAUGGAUUGAGUCAAGCUUUCAGGACCUUCAUUUGCUGAUGCACCAUGACCCAAAAUGAGAAGAAAUAGCUGCAAACAUCCAUUAAUAAUUAGAACUUAGAAUGUACAAAGUAUGAAUCUAGGAAAAUUGGAAAUUGUCAAAAAUGAAAUGGAACGCAUAAACAUCAAUAUACCAGGCAUUACCAAAAAAAAAAAAACAAAAAACAAAAAACCCAGUGCCAUUGAGUUGAUUCCGACUCAUAGUGACUCUAUAGGACAGAGUAAAAUUGCCCCCUAGAGUUUCCAAGGAGUGCCUGGUGGAUUCAAACUGCUGACCCUUUGGUUAGCAGCCGUAGCACCACGGUUUCCAUACUAGGCAUUAGUGAACUGAAAUGGACUGGUAUUGGCCAUUUGAAUCAGACAAUGAUAUAUAUGGCCUACUAUGCUGGGAAUGACAACUCGAAGAGGAAUGGCAUUGCAUUCAUCGUCAAAAAGGACAUUUCAAGAUCUAUCCUGAAGUACAAUGCUGUCAGUGAUAGGAUCAUAUCCAAAAGCCUACAAGGAAGACCAGUUAAUAGGACUAUUAUUCAAAUUUACGAACCAACCACGAAGGCCAAGGAUGAAGAAACUGAAGAUUUUUACCAACUUCUGCAGUCUGAAAUUAAUUGAACAUGCAAUCAGGAUGCAUUGAUAAUUACUGGUAAUUGGAAUGUGAAAGUUGGAAAGAAGUUCAGGAGUUGGAAAAUAUGGCCUUAGUGAUAGGAACAAUGCCAGAGAUCGCAUGACAGAAUUUUUGCAAGACCAAUGACUUCUUCAUUGCAAAUACCUUUUUUCAACAACAUAAAUGGCAACUAUACACGUGGGCCUCCCCAGAUGAAAUACACGGGAAUCAAAUCAGCUACAUCUGUGGAAAGAGAUGUUGGGAAAGCACAAUACCAUCAGUCAGAACAAGGACAGGGGUUGACUGCAAAACAGACCAUCAGUUGCUCAUAUGCAAGUUCAAGCUGAAGCUGAAUAAAAUUAGAAUAAGUUGACGAGAACCAAAGUACAACCUUGGGUAUAUCCCACCUGAAUUUAGAGACCAUCUCAAGAAUAGAUUUGCCACGUUGAACACUAAUGACCAAAGACCGGACGAGCUGUGGGAUGACCUCAAGAACACUACACAUGAAGAAAGCAAGAGGUCAUUCAAAAGACAGGAAAGAAAGAAAAGACCAAAAUGGAUGUCAGAAGCGACUUUGAAGCUUGCUCUUGAACGUCGAGUACCUAAAGCAAGUGGAAGAAAUCAUGAAGUAAAAGAGCUGAAGAGAUUUGAAAGGGCUGCUUGAGAUGACAAAGUAAAGUAUUAUAACGACAUGUGUGAAGACCUGGAGUUAGAAAACCAAAAGGAAGAACAUGCUCGGCAUUUCUCAAGCUGAAAGAACUGAGGGAAAAAUUCAAACCUCGAGAUGCAAUACUGAAGGAUUCUACGGGGAAAAUAUUAAACGACUCAGGAAGCAUCAAAAGAAGAUGGAAGGAAUACACAGAGUCACUAUACCAGAAAAGAAUUGGUCAACGUUCAACCAUUUCAGGAGGUAGCGUAUGAUCAGGAAACGAUGUUACUGAAGGAAGAGGACCAAGCUGCACUGAAGGCACUGGUGAAAAACAAGCCUUCAGGAAUCAACAGAAUACAAAUUGAGCUGUUUCAACAAAUGGAUGUAACGCUGGAAGUACUCACUCAUCUACGCCAAGAAAUUUGGAAGACAGGUACCUGGCCAACUGAGUAAAAGAGAUCCAUAUUUAUGCCUGUUCCAAAGAAAGGUGAUCCAAGAGAAUGUGGAAAUUAUUGAACAAUAUCAUUAAUGUCACACACAAGUAAAAUUUUGCUGAAGAUCAUUCAAAAGUGGCUGCAGCAGUACUUUGGCAGGGAACUGCCAGAAAUUCAAGCCGGAUUCAGAAGAGGAUGUGGAAGCAGGGAUAUCAUUGUUGGUGUCAGAUAGAUUCUGGCUGAAAGCAGAGAAUACCAGAAGGAUGUUUACCUGUGUUGUAGGGUAAAAACAUCACAAAGUUUAGUAAAGCAAAAGAAAGUUUUAUUCGGCAUAUAUUCAAAGAGGCAAAAGUAGAAAACAGACAAACAUGCUGGUAGAGCCAUGUCUGUCCGAGUCCAAGGUUUACAGAAUAAGCAAGAGUGGGAAAACAGACAAGUAUGCUGCCACAGCCAUGUCUGCCUUAGUCCAAGGGAAUAUUACAGAGCAGGUAAGAGUGGGAAAAUGGACAAGCAUGUCGCUAAAGCUGUGUCUACCUGAAUCCAAAAAACAUUACAGAAUCAUCAGUAUAAAUACUAUAAAAUGGUCAAAACCAUAGAAAACUUCACCUUUUCACCGAUUGGCUAGAAACUGCUAAAUCUCUGUGAUUCCACAUUUUGAAUUGUCUUUGUUAAUAAUCAGUGGUACAGGUUUCAGUCCUUGAUGUCAUUCCACAACUCGUCUGGUCUUUGGUUACAAGUGUUCAAUGUGUCAAAUCUAUUCUUGAGAUGGUCUCUAAAUUCAGGUAGGAUAUACUCAAGGUCAUAUUUUGGCUUUUGUGGAGUUGCUCUGAUUUUCUUCAGUUUCAGCUUAAACUUGCAUAUGAGCAAUUGAUGGUCUGUUCCACAGUCGGCCCCUGGCCUUGUUCUGACUGAUGAUAUUGAGCUUUUCCUUUAUCUCUUUCCACAGAUGUAGUUAAUUUGAUUCCUGUGUGUUCCAUCUGGCGAGGUCCAUGUGUAUAGUCGCUGUUUAUGUUGGUAAAAGAAGGUAUUUGCAAUGAAGAAGUUGUUGGUCUUGCAAAAUUCUAUCAUUCGAUUUCUAUCACCAAGGCCAUAUUAAUAUCACAUGCAAGCAAAAUUUUGCUGAAGAGCAUUCAAAAAUGGCUGCAGCAGUAUAUCAACAGGGAACUGUCAGAAAUUCAAGCCAGUUUCAGAAGAGGACGUGGAACCAGGGAUAUCAUUGGUGAUGUCAGAUGGAUCCUGGCUGAAAGCAGAGACUACCACAAGGAUGUUUACCUGUGUUUUAUUGGCUAUGCAAAGGCAUUUGACUGUGUGGAUCAUAACAAAUUAUGCAUAACACUGCAAAGAAUGGGAAUUCCAGGACACUUAUUUCUGCUCAUGAGGAACCUGUACAUUGAUCAAGAGUCCAUUGUUUGGCCAGAACAAGAGAAUACUGAUUGGUUUAAAGUCAGGAAAGGUGUGCAUCAGGGUUGUAUCUUUCACCAUACCUAUUCAAUCUGUAUGCUGAGCAAAUAAUCCGAGAAGCUGGAUUAUGAAGAAGAACGGGGCAUCAGGAUUGGAGGAAGACUUAUUAACAACCUGCGUUAUGCAGAUGAUAUAACCUUGCUUGCUGAAAGUGAAAAGGACUUGAAGCACUUACUAAUGAAGAUCAAAGGCCACAGCCUUCAGUAUGGCUUGCACCUCAACAUAAAGAAAACAAAAAUCCUACAACUGGACCGAUGAGCAACAUCAUGAUAAAUGGAGAAAAGAUUGAUGUUGUCAAGGAUUUCAUUUUACUUGGAUCCACAAUCAACAGCCAUGGAAGCAGCAGUCAAGAAAUCAAACGACGCAUUGCGUUGGGUGAAUCUGCUGCAAAGGACCUUGUUAAAGUGUUGAAAAGCAAAGACGUCGCCUUGAAGACUGAGGUGUGCCUGACCCAAGCCAUGGUAUUUUCAGUCGCAUCACAUGCAUGUGAAAGCUGGACAAUGAAUAAGGAAGACCAAAGAAGAACUGACACCUUUGAAUUGUGGUGUUGGCGAAGAAUAUUGAAUAUACCAUGGACUGCCAAAAGAACAAACAAAUCUGUCUUGGAAGAAGAAUGCUCCUUAGAAGCAAGGACAGCGAGACUGAGUCUUACAUACUUUGGACAUGUUGUCAGGAGGGAUCAGUCCCUGGAGAAGGACAUUCAUGCUUGGCAAAGUACAGGGUCAGUGGAAAAGAGGAAGACCUCAACGAGGUGGAUUGACACAGUGGCUGCAACAAUGGGCUCAAGCAUAACAGCAAUUUUAAGGAUGGUACAGGACCAGGCAGUGUUUCUUUCUGUUGUGCAUAGUGUUGCUAUGAGUUGGAACCGACUCGAUGGCACCUGACUACAGCAACAGGUUUCAGUAAUGACAGUCAGGAGGGUCUUCACUGGGCCAACAAAUCUUCUUUUACUAAAUGCUAAUAGGAUCGCUAUGAGUCGGAAUCGACUUGACGGCACUGGUUUUUUUUUUUUUAUAGAAAAAGAUAAGAGUGGAAACUAUGUGGGUCAUUUGUGCUGUUUUAUUAGUUUAUGUGAAAGUUUCCCUAAACGAUGUUUUCUAAGAUUGUCCUAGCUAUUGUCUUUAUACCUCAGUUGAUACGUACUUGUGAGUCCUCGUGAGUCUAGCUCCAGCUGGGUUACACAGUAAAAAAUGGCUUCAAUAUUAUCUCGUAAAUCACCUGUCCUUUUAUUGACUAUGCAAAAGCAUUUGACUGUGUGGAUUAUAACAAAUUAUGGAUAACAUUGCCAAGAAUUGGAAUUCUAGGACACUUAAUUGUGCUCAUGAGGACCCUUGAACAAAACAAAGGGAUACUGAGUGGUUUAAAGUCAGGAAAGGUGUACAUCAGGGUUGUAUCCUUUCACCAUACUUAUUCAACCUGUAUAGUGAGCAAAUAAUCCGAGAAGCUGGACUACAUGAAGAACAGGGCAUCAGGGUUGGAGGAAGACUCAUUAACAACCUGCAUUAUGCAGAUGACACAACCUUGGUUGCUGAAGUGGAAGACUUGAAGCACUUACUAAUGAAGAUCAAAGACUACAGCCUUCAGUAUGGAUUACACCUCAACAUAAAACAAAAAUCCUCACAACUGGAGCAAUAAGCAACAUCAUGAUAGAUGGACAAAAGAUUGAAGUUGUCAAGGAUUUCAUUUUACUUGGAUCCAAAAUCAAGAAAUCAAAGGAUGCAUUGCAUUGGGCAAAUCUGCUGUAAAAGACCUCUUUGGAGUGUUGAAAAGCAGAGAUGUCACCUUAAAGACUAAGGUGCACCUGACCCAAGCCAUGGUGUUUUCAAUCACAUCAUAUGCAUGUGAAAGCUGGACAAUGAAUAAGGAAGAUAGAAGAAGGAUUGAUGCCUUUGAAUUGUGGAGGAGAAUAUUGAAUAUAUCGCAAACUGCCAAAAGAAGGAACAAAUCUGUCUUGGAAGAAAUACAGCCAGAAUGCUACUUAGAAGCAAGGAUGGAGAGACUGAGUUCCACAUACUUCGGACAUGUUAUCAGGAGGGAUCAGUCCCUGGAGAAGGACAUCAUGUGAGAUGGACUGACACAGUGGCUGCAACAAUGGACUCAAGCAUAACAACUACGGUGAAGAUGGCGAAGGACCGGGCAGUGUUUCCUUCCGUUGUACAUAGGGUUGGUCUGAGUUGGAAUUGACAGCACCUAACAACAAUGAACAACAAGAAAUAAAUUAUAUAAUUUCAGGCAAUGUUUCAUUCUGUUAUAGGUUGGAGCUGACUUGACAUCAACUAUUAACAACAACAACAUAAUUUCAGGGAGUAGUUUGUGCUAAGAAGAAAAAUAAAGCACGUUAAAAUGAUAGAGAUGUCAGAGUGGGACUGUUCUCAUCUCUCUGAUAACAUGUGACUACAGAUCUGAAGGAACAGGGGCAUGAACCACGUGUCCUGGGAAAAGGCAUUGAAGGGUGUUCUGCAAGAGAGUGGUAUGUGUGAUGGAUUUACAUUUUUAUAGUUAAUUUGGCUGCAGUAGAGAGGAUUAGGUGGAGGCGCCGAGGGAGAGAGGGGUAAGAAUGGUCCAUGGAGAACAGCUAAGAGGUUAUUGUAAUAAUGCAGGAAAGAGAUUUUGGAUCAGGGUGGUAGCAGUGGAGGUGAUAAAAUGUAGUUGGAUGCUGCAAACACAGAACCCCAGCAGGAAUAUUGUGUGAUCUUUACUUUCUCCUGAUCUUCAGGGUCAAUCCUCUUCGGUUUGUGACUCCUUCAGAAGAGGAGUGGACAGGUGAAGAAAAGGCCCCAGCCACUUUGAGGUAACAGCUGCAAACACUUUAAUGCACCCAGCUCACCCAGAGGUGCCUGUUGACCUACCUCCAAAAAACCCGCCGCUGAAAUCUCAAGGAGCAGUUGGGGGGUCACCAAUAAUCAUGGGAGGCUCCAACACAACCAACCCAGAAAAAAAAAAAAAAAUUACCGCAAGCUCACAGGACUUAUUCUUUACAGUACUUCAAACUUGUGACUAAAAAAUGUUAAAACAUGGUAAAAAAAAGUAUCACUCAAAACCAAAAAAACCAAACCCAGUGCUUUCGAGUCGAUUCUGACUCAUAGCCAUCCUACAAAAACCAAGACAGAGUAAAACUGCCCCUCUGACUCAUAAAAAAAAACAGUGAUGCUAUAAGUCAGCCUAAAACUGCCCCUUAGAAUUUCCAAGGGGCGCUUGAAAAACUUAAACUGUCAACUUCAUAGCUAAGAGCCCUAACACUCACUGACCCAUAAGCUUUCUUUUUCAACACCGAAAAACAGCCCAGCAAAAGCCAGACCUACCAAAAAAUUAGCUAACAACUCCAAACUUCUUCUCUCCACGGAAAUCUUUAGUAAAAGGCGAAAGAUUUAUACGAUUUGAAGAGAAAUCAGAGUAUAUUUCGUGUUUUUUUUGCUUCAACCACCCAGAAAGACACAACUCUUAACACGUUUAUGGUUGUGUAACGACUGCGCUAUACGGACUAACUGCGUGCAUUUCUUACGUACCAUCUAUUUUUAACGGGCAUUAUACCCUGGCAAUAGUGGAGAAACGCCCGUGGAGACGGAACUCAAGCAUCUUGGAGCUGUCUUUUCGUGGUGCACCCUGGGUAUGCAAAUCACAGGCUGCUUCGGGCGGGGCCUCCGGGCGGGGCCGCCGGGCCCCCUGGGCCACGCCUCUCCCUUCCCUGCGAUCCCGCCCGGGAACCCGCGCCCGCAUUUGCCGAGAAAGGUGUGGGUGCUUCCCACAGGUGCCGGGUGCCCAGUGCAGAGUCCCUAAGGGGGUUUGGGAUUGUUAAGUGUUAGUCCCAUUUGUUAAGGUUCAGUCGCAUCAUUCCAUACCGACAGGGAGCACCCCAGCCGUAGGGAGACAAGAGGAAACAGUCGAGUACGGACAGCCAGGGACAGUGGGACCACUUAAGAGGCACGUCACCACCACACCUCCAGGCGCCCAGUUUAUCUUGAAGGAUGAUUUGGAAUUAGGCCAGGGGGAGGUGAAGAGGUGUUCUAGGUAGAGGGGAGGGCGCAUGCAAACUUAUGAAGAUUAAUAGGAAUUCAGCGUGUCCAGAGCGUGGAGUGUGGGUGUGUGUUGGAAUGAGAGUGUGUUUGGCAGGAAGGCUGUCAUCUAGAGAGCUGAGGCUAGGGUGGUGGGCCGGGGCUAGACUGACUCAGGCCUGGAAAGGGCUUGGAUUUUAUCCUGUCAGUGACCGGGAGCCAUCCCAGGGUGUUGAGGCCAAAGGGCUGAGUAGUGAAAGUGCUACACAAGGGUGGGCUGUCCUGCAGGCGGUACUGGGACCUUGCCCCCUAAGACUGGAUGUGGUUAGUGGUCCAGGGUUGCCCACUCCUGGGUGGUCCAACUCCGACUGUCUGGGCCUGGAAUCCCUUAAUUUGCUGCCACACCAGGCACACCCUUCCUUGUGUCAAGGUUCCGUAAGAUGCAAAAAGAGCAAAGGAAGGAGGAGAGUGCCUACGAGGUGCAAUUUCUUUCUUUCUCUCUUUUUUUCUAGGCUGUGAUCCCAGCCAAGUAAAACUUACCCACGUUAAGCACAGGAAGGGAGCAGGAGAGGGUAAAAACGAUUUGCUAGAGUGGUGAGAUUGGGAAUGAUUAUUUUCUUUUUAAGGUUUCAAUAUUGUGCCAUUCAUUUUCUUUAUGGUGGUAAAGUAUAUAUAGGAUAUAAAACUUGUCAUUUUAACCAUUUUUAAGUGUACAAUUCAGUGGCAUUAAUUAUCCUCACAAUGUUGUGCAACUAUCACCACAAUCCGUUCCCAAAACUUUAUCAUCGCCCCAACCAGAAACUCUGUACCGUUAAGCAAUAGCCCCGGUUCUCCCCUCCCCAGUCCAUGGAAACCACUGCUCUACUUUCUGUCUCUCUGCAUUUGCCUGUUGUAGAUAUUUUAUAUCAGUGGGAUCUUACACUAUUUGUCCUUUUGUGUCUGGAUGAUUUCACUCAGGAUAAUGUUUUCAAGGCUCAUCCAUGUUGUUGCAUGCAUCAAAACUUCAUUGAUUUUUAUGAUGGAGUAAUAUUUCAUUGUAUAUAUAUACCACAUUUUGUUAUCCGUUCACCUGUUGGUGGACAUUUGAGCUGUUCCUACUUUUUGCCUGUUGUGAACAAUGGCCAGGUCAUUUCUUACACAUAUUAUUUAAAGUCCUGGGGGGAAGAAAAAAGACACCCUACAAUAUAGACUCUAAUCUUGCCAUUUCACAGAUGAAGACACUGGGGAUCCGUGAGUUUAACUAACUUGCCCACAUCAUUCAGCUGGUAGAAGUGGCUCAGUGGGCUGUAGCAUCUUUUACGCUGCUUAAGCCUGGUAAGCUCUCCGCUCUACCCAAAAUCCCUCCUUAGUGACUCAAAUGUUGUUGUUGUGUGCUGUCAAAUCAACUCAUAGUGACCCUAAGGACAGAGCAGAACUGCCCCACAGGGUUUCCUAGGCUGUAAUCUUUAUGAAAGCAGAUCUCCAGGUCUUUUCUCCCACAGAGCCGCUGGUGGGUUUGAACUGCCAACCUUUCAGUUAGCAGCCCGGCACUUUAACCAAUGUACACCCGGGCUCCUUACCCAAACACUGAAAAACUCACUGCCAUUGAUUCCUACUCAUAGAGACCCUAUAGGACAGAGUAGAACUGCCCCAUAGGGUUUCCAAGGCUGCGAUCUUUAGGGAAACAGACUGCCACAUCUUUUUCCUGCUGAAUGGCUGGUGUUUGAACUACUGACUUUUUGGUUAGCGGUCGAGUGCUAACCUGGGCUCCAACCAAAACAUUACUGGACCCCAAUCCCCAAUUCAGUCUCUAUCCCUUGGGCAGUGCUGAAUGCACUCCCUUUUCUAGGCUCCAACCACCUGCUUGUCUAGCCUUUUUUUUUUUUUUAAAGAUAUUUUAGUGUUAAUUCGGCUACAGCACGUUUUUAAAUUUUUGUUUUUUUUCCUUAACUUUUGUUUGGAACAUAAUUUUCUUUCUGGCUUUUGGCUGGGGAACAGAUUCUGGCCCCUGGAGAUAGAUCAGGGUGAGAGGCAAUGCUCUCGGGGUGGGAUCAUUCUUGGUGAGUGGGUAGCUGAAACCAAGGGUGUUACUGUGUCAGCUGAGACUGAGCCAAGGGAUAGAAGAUCUCCCCCACCCCAUGGGAGAGGCUCUGUCCUCUAGCCCAGGGGUAGGGCCAGAUGCUUCUAGGCCUUUGUACAGUGGGGCUGUUCAGCUUUCAGUUAGAAUCCAGAGCCCUCAUUGGUUGCUAGCAAUAUGUCAAUUUCUGGGCUGUUUCUCCGUUUAAGGAGUCCCUGGGUGGUGCAAACCCUGGUGGAAUAGUGGUUAAGAACUAUGGCUGCUAACCAAAAUGUCGGCAGUUCAAAUCCACCAGGCGCUCCUUGGAAACUCUAUGGGGGGCAGUUCUAUUCUGUCCUAUAGGGUCAUUAUGAGUUGGAAUUGACUCAAAGGCAAUGGGUUUGGUUUUGGUUUUGGAUGGUACAAAUGGUUUGUGCUCAACUGUUAAUCUACAGGUUGGUAAUUUGAACCCACAUGGCAGUGUUGCAGAAGAAAGGCCUGGCAAUCUGCUUUCAUGAAGGUUAUAGCCAAGAAAACCCUAUGGAACCCUGUAACACAUAGGGUUGCCAUGAGCAGGAAUUGACUCCACAGCAAGGGAUUUGAUUUUGGUUGGGUGGUGCAAAUGGUUAAUGUGCUUGCAAAUUAAAGGUUGGAGCCUUGAUUCGAGUCCUUCCAGAAGCACCUGGGAAGAAAGGCCUGGUGAUCUACUUCUAAAAAACCAGUCAUUGAAAACCCUAUGGAACACAGUUCUUCCUGGACACAUGUGGGGUCACCAUGAGUUGGAAUCGACAACUGGUACUGGCCCCCUCCCAAU